GGCGCCGGUUCCGGUUCCGGUGGUUGUGGCCCUGGCCGGGACACGCUGAGCGCCGCGGCAACGGCCAUGGCAGACGGUCCGGUGGCGGAAGUGUUGCUGAAGCGGCUGGAGGCAGCCGAUGGCGGCCUGGACAGCGCGGAGCUGGCGGCCGAGCUGGGCGUGGAACACCAGGCAGUGGUGGGCGCGGUGAAGAGCCUGCAGGCGCUGGGCGAGAUCAUUGAGGCUGAGCUACGCUCCACCAAGCGCUGGGAGCUUACUGCUGAGGGCGAGGAAAUUGAUCGGGAGGGCAGCCAUGAGGCCCGGGUGUUUCAUAGUGUGCCCCCAGAGGGCCUGGCCCAGAGUGAGCUCAUGCGACUGCCCAGUGGCAAGGUGGGCUUCAGCAAGGCCAUGUCCAACAAAUGGAUCCGCGUGGACAAGAGCGCUGCUGACGGGCCCCGGGUGUUCCGAGUGGUGGACAGUGUGGAGGAUGAGGUGCAGCGGCGGCUCCACUUGGUCCAGAGCGGACAGGCCGAGAAGCUGAGUGAAAAGGAAAAGAGUGAGCUCAAGAAGAGGAAGCUGCUGACUGAAGUGACCCUGAAGACCUACUGGGUGAGCAAAGGCAGUGCCUUCAGCACCAGCAUUUCCAAGCAGGAGGCGGAUCUGAGCCCAGAGAUGAUCUCCAGCGGCUCCUGGCGGGACCGGACCUUCAAGCCCUAUAAUUUCUCAGCCCACGGCAUCCUCCCUGACAGCGGCCACCUGCACCCCCUGCUGAAAGUCCGCACCCAGUUCCGGCAGAUUUUUCUGGAGAUGGGGUUCACUGAGAUGCCAACCGACAACUUUAUUGAGAGCUCCUUCUGGAAUUUUGAUGCGCUUUUCCAGCCUCAGCAGCACCCAGCACGAGACCAGCAUGACACUUUCUUCCUGAAAGAUCCAGCCGAGGCCCUGCAGCUCCCCAUGGACUACGUCCAUCGGGUCAAGCGGACCCAUUCCCAGGGUGGCUACGGCUCACAGGGGUACAAGUACAAUUGGAAGCUGGACGAGGCCCGGAAGAAUCUGCUGCGCACACACACCACAGCGGCCAGUGCCCGUGCCCUCUACCGCCUGGCCCAGAAGAAACCCUUUACGCCAGCCAAGUACUUCUCCAUCGACCGUGUGUUCCGGAAUGAGACCCUGGAUGCCACACACCUGGCGGAAUUCCACCAGAUUGAGGGGGUUGUGGCUGACCACGGCCUCACCCUGGGCCACCUCAUGGGCGUCCUUCGGGAAUUUUUCUCCAAGCUGGGUAUCACCCAGUUGCGCUUCAAGCCGGCCUACAACCCCUACACUGAGCCCAGCAUGGAGGUGUUCAGCUACCACCAAGGCUUGAAGAAAUGGGUGGAGGUCGGGAACUCAGGGCUCUUCCGACCUGAAAUGCUGCUGCCCAUGGGGCUCCCUGAGAAUGUGUCAGUCAUUGCCUGGGGCCUCUCUCUGGAACGCCCAACGAUGAUCAAAUACAGCAUCAACAAUAUCCGUGAGCUGGUAGGCCACAAGGUGAAUCUGCAGAUGGUGUAUGACAGCCCCCUGUGCCGCCUGGAUGCUGAAACGGGGUCCCAGCAGACACAGAAGGCCGCGUGACAUGGGCUGCCCAGAACAGGCCGCAUGCCCGCCCUGAGCCCCUGCUGUGUAGCCCCUUUGCAUCCCUGGCCAGUGGACCCCCUUGUAUUUAUGAGGCCUCUGUGAGGCUUUCUCCCUGCUCCUGGUAGCUCCCCUUUCCAACCCCAGCCCAGGGUCCCAGGGGCAGGGAAGCAGGUAGCCCAUUUGUUCUGAUGUCCACCUAUGAGGGUGGGCCCUAGGGAGCCCUGCAGGUGGCUGUUGGCUAAUAAAGUGGGCAGUUGUCCUCAUCUAGUGCCUUUCCUUAGGGGCAGUGGGGUUCUGUCGGCUAUGCCCAGCUCAGAGUGCUGCUCGAUGGGAGGGAAACCUGGGUACGAGUGCGACAGGUGUCGGAAUGGGGGUCCUGAUCCUCAGAGCCUCCCGGUCAGCUUCAGUCAGCCUCCCCUGGAAAAGAUGAGCUCUUUCAAGCACUUACUGAUCACCAACUGGUGCCAGGCACUCUUCCUUGGGAGGGCAAGCAAGCUAAGCUUUUAAAAGCUGUCCCCCUCCUUUUAAAGACAUUUUUAGACCAGUUUUAGGCUCACAGCAAAAUUCAGUAGAUUUCCCAUAUACCCCCUGCCCAGCCUCCCCAGUUAUCAACAUCCCCACCAGAAUGUGGUGCUUUUGUUACAACUGAAGAACCUGUUUUGACAGAUCAUGUGAAUAACGGUUCACUCUGUGUUGUACCUUCUAUGAGUUUGCACAGAUGGAUGGUGAUGUGUGUCCAUCAUUACGGUAUCACACAGUAUUUUCACUACCCUGAAAGUUGCCUGUGCUCCACCUGUUCAUCCCUGUAGCCUCCCAAAAACUGCUUUAAAAAAAAAUUCUCAUAAGGCUUUCAAACAAGAUCAGUAUAGAAAGAAGAUAUAGCUUUGUGAGCCCAUUGUUCCCGUCGUACAGUGUUUAGGAUCUCACACUUGAGCUUCAUCUGUAUGUUUUUGUGGAAAUAAUUUUAAAGCAAAUCCCAGUUGCCGUGUCAUUCACCCCACCUCUUCAGGGGCAGUGCACUUUUGAAAACAUGGACAGUUUCUUGGGUCAUCAGGAGACCACAGGCACAGCCAGUGAGGUUGACAAGUCAGCUGAGGCCAGGGACAUCACUGGCCCCAAGGCCCUGUGGGUACCAAUCUCCAGAGCUCCUCAGUCAAAUCUUUUUCUCUAUUUCAUACUAAAUAAUUCAGUCAUACAGAAAGAUACUGAUUCAUGCAAUACAUGCAUACUUCCCAAGUGCCAGCACUGUUCAUGAGCUGAAGUCUUGGCAGUGGGCACAAUCGCCUCAGGUCCCUGCCCUUGGGAGCUGACAUGAGGGGAGGGUGCUCUGGACACAUGAUAAAUAAAUGCAGAAGUUGAGAGAGGUAAAGGCCUUACUGGAAAAUAGCUGAGGGUAAAGAACAUGUAUAAUAUGAAGCAUAAUUUAACAACCAAGAAUCACUCCACCCCACCCUUGCUUCAAUCAAAUCUGAACAUUGACUGUAGAAUUCACUUUGGACCUAUGUUACCAGUGGGUUUGAAGACCCUCUGGGCUUGUUCUAGUUCCUCUCAUCCCCACCCUGCUGAGGUUAUUGCUCCCUCCUGAAAUUGGGUGUUUAUCAUUCUCAUAUGUUAAAACCUUUUCCCUUAAAAGUUGUACAAAUCAUGCACCAUAAAAAUCAU